UUCUUUAGUUUUUAUCUUGUGGAGGUAAUCAGUUUGGCCAAUGGGUAAUUCUUGUAUAUCGACGUGCUUGCAUUGCCAUCUUGUAGCCGGAGUGCGAACUAACACCGGAUUUGAGUUUCGAGUUUCGAAUAUUCUCUAUGUAGUUACUUAUCUAUAUACAUUUUCUGUAUGAUCUUGUCUGCUGUUACCGAUUGAUAGGGUAUCAAAUAUUUUCGAUAUCAACCGAUGGUGGCGCUGUAAUCGGUGACAUUGAACAAAAAUUUUAUAGCCGUAUAGUAAUGACAGUAGUGAAACAUUAGUUACGGUCUGUUAUUGUUGACUGCCUGGGUUUGUUCUUGAUCUACCAAUAGAGAGUUACUGUCACUGAAUGAACUUAAAUAUCACUGAAUUUAAGUAGUGUCUGCAAAUAAGGUGCAGACAUCGAAAUUCAUUUUAUUUCGUAGCAUUACCGAACAGUUCCUUUGUCAUCGAGUAAGGAGUAAUAAUCUCCUUGAUGACGCAUAAAUUUGCAAUUCGAUUUUAUUGGAUGUAUUGACGAAAUCCAUGCCAGUAUUUUGAUAGAUUUUAUUAAUUGUAUAUUCAUUUUCAAUCAACGUCUGAUUAGUUCACAUAAUCUGAGCUUACGUCAAUUUGGUAUGUAUUAUACCAUUGUGUGGCACUCGAUUUACAUCACAUCGUGAAACUUGAGUAUAGAACGUUCUUUAUUGUUUUGAGUCUUGAAACAAUACGGAGUAGUAAUACAACUUUUUACAUUGAACAUUAUGUUUAAUGGUACAUUUAAAUGUUUGCAACUCCUUGAACAACAAAAAUCUUACGUGUUAAGUGAUAUUUGGAAAAAGCAAGGAUGUCGACCGACCCUUUGAUGGCGGCAGAUUUACGCAUACGUGGCAAUGACUGGAAUCCCAGUGUUCAAGCAAAAAUGGGUUCUACCCAGAAGAAGUUAAUAAUUGUCAUAAUAGUAGGAAUAAUUGCCAUCAUAGUAGGAGCAGUUAUAGGCGCUAUAUGGGCACCUAUCUUUAAUAGUAUGAUGCAUGAACAAUUAGAAUUGACGACAACAUCUGAAUCCUACAAAAUGUGGGAAAAAACACCGAUUCCUAUGUACUUACAAUUAUACCUCUUUAAUUGGACAAAUCCCCACGAUUUUAAUUCUGCUGUCAAGACCAAACCUCAUUUUGUUCAAAUGGGUCCGUAUACUUUUAGGGAGAUCGUUUACAAAGUAAAUGAACAAUGGAACGAGAAUGGGACUAUAACUUUCCAACAAAAGAGGUCAUUUCACUUUGAGGAAUCCUUAUCUAAUGGCAGUCUGUCCGAUAAUGUAACAAACUUGAAUGUUAUUGUGUCGACGUUUGCGUACACCAUCAGACAUCAGAAACCAUUUGUGCGAUCUGUCCUCGACAAAGUGAUGACAUCACUUGGAGAGAGGUUAGUUAUCACAAAAACUGUAAGAGAGCUUCUGUUCGAUGGAUACGAUGAUAAAUUAUUGAGAAUUGCUGCAAAGUUGAACAUGACUGGAAUACCUAUGAAAAAAUUCGGUUGGUUUUAUGCUCGAAACGAAUCUGAGACUUACGAUGGAACCUUUAAUAUGUUAACUGGCAAGGACAAUGUAUUUUCAUUAGGGAUGAUCAAGGAGUGGAAUUAUAGCAAUCAAAGCAAGUCUUACGAUGGUUCCUGCGGAGCCAUAACUGGAACAACUGGAGAUUUGUGGCCUCCACUAAAGAACAAUGAAUCAGUUUCAAUAUUUGCUUCCGAUUUAUGCUCAUCACUCUCUCUAACAUAUGAAAAUGAUACUGAGUACCUAGGUCUGACAGGAAAACGAUUUGUUUCUGACAAAUACAUGUUUGAUAAUGGUACAAAUGUACCAUCCUUAAGUUGUUACUGUCACAAUACAGAGUGUGUACCUAACGGGGUAAGGAAUGUUUCACUCUGCAAAUUCGGAGCUCCAGCAUUUGUUAGUCUACCGCAUUUUUACCUAGCUGACGAGAGUUAUAAAAAUGCCGUAUCCGGGCUGAGCCCCGAUACCGACAAAUAUGAAUUUGCGAUCGUCGUAGAACCGUCGACGGGUAUACCAAUGGAAAUCCAAGCGCAGCUGCAAAUAAAUUUAUUGGUACAACCAGAUAGUGCAAUGUCACUAUUUAAAAAUAUACCAAGAACGUUUGUCCCUAUGUUGUGGUUUACACAAGAAGCUAAAUUAACAGAGGAAUUAGCGGAAAAGGUCAAGUUCUUGCUCAUAAUCCCGAUGUUAGGGCAGGUCACGUUCUUCGGUAUUGCCGGGAUAGGACUUUUAUUGGUAUUCAUCGGACUAACGAUCUGCAUAAACAGAAGAUGCCGUAAUAAAGAGUCUCAGAGGUUACUUUCUAAUAAAGGAAGUAACAAUACCAUUAAUUCCGACGGAUGAUCAUCCGUACACUUAUAAGAGCAGUUCUUGUUCUUAAGAGCGCAAUCGUGGAUGGAUAUCGUCAAAUUCCGUUUAUACUAAGAAACGGAGUGACAUGUUUUGCCAAUCCAGGACUUCCUGCAACGUUUAAGGCGUGUUUUGAUAGAACUCGCUGGUUCUCCUCAAUACUAGAAGCCAUAUUCUCCUAUACUCUCAAUAGAAAUUAGUUCCUCACGCCGAAACGAACUUGGCGAGUUCUCUUAAAGUGCACUUCUUUUCUUUCCUUUGGCCUUAAACGUGUCAAUGAAAUGAUUGUUCUUUGUAAUCACAGUGCCUCGAUAACUCCGAUAGAUACGUAUUUAGGUGUUUAUACCCGGUAAUUCAAGGCGUGCGAGAUCUCUACGCAUAAAGGGCUUGAUCGAAGUAUAGCAAGAGUUUCUAUUCGGGAAUCUAGCUGACUUAUACUUAGCUCUAAGGCUAGUCAACACAAGCAAUUGAACAAUCGUUAAAUGAACAAUCGUGAUGUGAAAGUGGCGUCGAACAGUUCUCGUUCAUGUAACUUUUCUCCAAACUGAGUGUACUGAAUCGAUUCAAACUUUGCAGUAUAAAUAUGAAAGGU